CUCAUUCGCGAAAAGAAAAACACAAGGCGACCGCAGAGGGCAGGACAGGACAGAGACGCCGAGGCUAGGCAGUCCAUCUGUUGGGGUGGCCAGUGGGGAUCUCGCCGGCCGGGAGGUCUGGGGGGCGGGGGCUGCCAAACUUCGCCAUAUUGGUGAAUCACUGAAUCCGCCCCUGCCAGCAACCGUUCUGACGUGGCGGGGUGGGGCAGGAUCCAAAUGGCGGCGGCAAUAGAGGAACUGCGGCUCCUGGGAUCCAUCCCUGUACUGGAAGGUCCGGGAGAGGUCGACGGCGUGGUGGGUGAGGAAGGGCGACCGCGAGGCGGCGGCGACGACGAGGAGAUCCUGCGAUUCAUGGACUCGGUGGACAGCUACCUGCUCCUCAUGGACUCCCUAUCCUCCGCUCUUCGUCAGGGCUGGCUUGACCUGGCAAGUGCUCGCCAUUCUAUGGGCACAUCACGCGUUUCGAGUACACUGUUUGAUCACAAGGAGCAGUCUGCUGCCACUAAGCUUCAAGUUGUUGAUCAUGAUGGCCUGAAAUCAUCAGAGUCAAUACCACACUUUGCUCUAUCAAAGUGGUCUUUGCAAGAAGAAUGUCACUCCACCUAUGAUCUCAGUGAGAGAGAUUUUACUGAGCCAAAGAUGAGGCAUCGAGGAUCAGUUACUACCCCAGAAAAGGGAAACCAUGAAAGUGCAAACACCACAACACUGUCUACAGGUGCUGAUGCUAGCAAUCGUGUUCAAAGAGCGAGAUCAAAAGCAUUAUCAGUCUUUGGGGGAUUGGUAUCCCCAAAACUAAGAACCGCCCAACUUUCAUUUGAAACAGCACUUGACUUGAUUGUGGAGCUAGCAAAUUCAAGGUCGAAUAUGUUAGCUAGUUUCUCCCACUUAAAAGAGUGAAGACAUUAUGUUAUGAGAUUUUGUACCUUGGGCACCAUCUAUUCAGCACUCAUGAGAUCGCAGCAACUGUAAACUAAGUUUUGAGAUCCAGUAUAUUUUAAGAACGACUAAAUAGCAUAUAAUGCUUGCUAUGCUGAUUACUCGCUGCGAAGGUGUUGCUAACAUAUCUGUGAAUGCGAGAACACAUGCUGGAAGCAGUCAGAAAUUAUGGUUUGAUUAUAAACCUCCUCAUUUUCUACUAU